CCGGCCGGCCGCCUCCGGGAAGCGCCUCCGCUCCCGGUUCCCCGUUCCCGGUUCCAUCCCCGCUCCAGCCCCGGGCGAUGGAGGAGCCCUGCGGCGCGGGCGCCGCUGCCCCGCUCCGGGGGGACGCCGAGGAGCCCAAGCAGGGGUCGGUGCUGUUCCUUGGAGGCAAUGAAGUGAAGAGCAGUGCAGUGGUGAAAUACUCCUCUGCCCCACCACAGGCAGCCUUUGCUCGGCUCCAGGAGAAAACGGACUUGAAGCUUCCCCCGGCCAACUGGUUACGUGAGAGUGCCAAGCUGGGGCCAGCAGGGACCACCAUUCUGGGCAACAGCAAGAAAAGUAAACCCUUCUCAAGCUUUGGGAUGGCUUAUGACUUCAUUGACUCAGUGGGAAAUGAUGUAGAUGUGGUGUCUGAUUCAGAGAACAUCAAAAAGCUCCUGAAGAUCCCUUACAGCAAGUCCCACGUGAGCAUGGCUGUGCAUCGCAUUGGGAGGACGCUUCUCUUGGACGAGCUGGAUAUUCAGGAGCUCUUCAUGAGAUCCUCUCAGACAGGGGACUGGACGUGGCUGAAAGAGUUUUAUCAAAGGCUGAUUGAUCAGAAGUGGCAAAGAAAAAAGAAGAGUAAAGAACAUUGGUACCAGAAGGCUAUACUUUCUAAAUUUUUGUAUUACAGCAUUAAUGGUGAUGGAGCUGCUCAGCCUGUUCCUUCCACUUCCAAGCAGCACCAGGAGGGUCCUGUUGCAGGUGAGAGUGAUGAAGCAGGAAGGGCCUCCUGGCCAGCCCCUUUUGAAAUGCCUUCUUCGUUAUCUGAAGAUCCAGGUGCCUCCAACCAGGGAAAUGUGCCUCUUGAACCCUCAUACAUAGUGGGGCACGUGGCCUCAGCCCCCAAAGAACAAAACCUGACUCCUUUGUUCAGUGACGGGGAAAGCGGUCAGGGACUUAAAAAUGACUUUGUUCGUAAUAUCUUGUGGACCUUUGAAGACAUCCACAUGUUGGUGGGAUCAAACAUGCCAAUAUUUGGAGGUGGGAGAUACCCUGCUGUGAGCCUGCGUCUCAGGGAUAACAACAAGCCAAUAAAUGUGCUAACAGGAAUUGACUAUUGGUUGGACAACUUAAUAUGCAACGUCCCAGAGCUUGUGAUGUGCUUUCAUGUGAAUGGAAUUGUUCAGAAAUAUGAAAUGAUCAAGACUGAAGAUAUUCCCAAUUUGGAAAACUCAAAUUUUUCUACCAAAGUGAUAAAAGAUAUUGCUCAAAAUAUCUUGUCUUUCCUGAAAUCAAAUUGCACCAAAGAAGGGCACACUUACUGGUUGUUUAAAGCAAGUGGGAGUGAUAUUGUAAAGCUCUAUGACCUCACCACACUUUGUGAAGAGACAGAAGACAAAUACCAAAACCCUUUUACAAUGCCAGUGGCAAUUCUUCUCUACAAAGUUGCUUGCAACAUGAUGCUGAAGAAAAACCAGAACAAGAAGCACUAUGGCACUAUCAGAACGUUGCUCCUGAAUUGUCUGAAGUUAUUGGACAAUGGCAGGCACCCUCAAAUCAUUGCUUCAGCAAACUACAUGUUAUCAGAGCUUUUUCAGUUGGAUGAACCUAAAAAAGAAGACAGCGCAGACUUCCCCAUAAAUGGAAAUUCUGAUGAGAGUUACAGCGAGGAAGAGGAAGAAAUGCCAGACAGCGAUGAAAACGGUUCCUACAGCACCAGUUCUGACCCCCCAGAUGACAAUAAAGCAGUGGCAAUAAUCAAAUCUGUUGGAGAGUUGUCAGUGCCAGAAAAGUACAAGUCAGUGCAUCGAAUACGUCCCAGCUGUGCGUUCCCAGUCUGCCACGGCACCGAGGAGCGCUGCCGGCUCGUGCUCAACCACGUCCUGGAGGGCUUGAAGUCUGUCGACAGCAGUGUGAAAAAGGAGGGUGACCUUCCAGCUGCCGACCCCAGCACUCCAAUCCCUUUGAAAUAUGAAGAUGAAUCCACCAGUGGUGGUCCCGAGUGUCUGGAAAAGCAGAUGGCCUUGUUUUUAGACAAAAGUUCUGUUCCUGUUGCAGUGGGCUCCUUUCAGAAGGGGAAGCAUUCCAGUCAGUCGGGAAUGAUUCCUGGAUCGUGGCAGUACAAAAUGAAGCUCCAGCUCAUUCUGAAAUCAUCAAAAGCUUAUUAUGUGCUGUCUGAUGCUGCCAUGAUCCUGCAGAAAUAUGGGAGAGCGCUCCGGUACAUCAAGCUGGCUUUGCAGUGCCAUGAUACCUACUGCUGUCUCUGUGGCAGCAUGCUGCCAGAGGUGUUGAUGUUCCUGUGCCAGUGUUUAACCCUUUGUGGAGACAUCCAGCUCAUGCUGGCUCAGAAUGCAAACAACAGAGCAGCUUAUCUUGAAGAGUAUAAUUACCAGACUAAAGAAGAUCAGGAGAUAUUGCACAGUCUUCACAGAGAAUCCAGGUGCCAAGUGUUCGCCUGGGCUACGGAUUUGUCCACAGACUUGGAAUACCAGCUCUCUGUCAGCUGCAAAUGCUAUGAGGCAGCUUAUGAAAUCCUACUGUUCAGUAAUUUGAAAAAGGAAAACCCAGAGCAGCACAUCCAGGUGCUGAAGAGGAUGGGCAACAUCAGGAAUGAGAUUGGAGUGUUCUACAUGAACCAGGCUGCUGCAGUGCAGACAGAGAGAGUGGUGAGUAAAAACGUCUCGACCACGGAGCAGCAGCUUUGGAAGAAAAGCUUCUCGUGCUUUGAAGAAGGAAUUCAGAAUUUUGAGUCCAUUGACGAUGCCACCAACGCUGCCCUUCUGCUGUGCAACACAGGAAGGCUGAUGAGGAUCUGUGCCCAGGCCCACUGUGCAGCUGAAGGGGACUUCAAGAGGGAGUUCUCCCCAGAAGAGGCCCUUUAUUACAAUAAGGCUAUUGACUACUAUCUGAAGGCACUAAGGUCGCUGGGUAAGAGAGAUGUGCAUCCAGCUGUUUGGGAUUCUGUCAACUGGGAGCUCUCCACCACCUAUUUCACUAUGGCAACUCUGCAGCAGGACUAUGCUCCCUUAUCCAGGAAGGCUCAGGAACAGAUAGAGAAGGAAGUGAGUGAAGCCAUGAUGAAGUCCCUGAAGUACUGUGAUGUUGAUACAGUGUCUGAACGACAGCCCCUGUGCCAGUACAGGGCUGCCACCAUCCACCACAGGCUGGCUUCCAUGUACCACAGCUGCCUGAGGAACCAGGUUGGAGAUGAACACCUGAGGAAGCAGCACCGUGUCCUUGCUGAUCUUCAUUACAGCAAAGCCGUGCGACUCUUCCAGCUCUUGAAGGAUGCCCCCUGUGAGUUCCUGCGUGUGCAGCUGGAGAGAGUGGCCUUUGCAGAAUUCCAGAUGGCCAGUCAGAACAGCAGUGCUGGGAAAUUAAAGACUCUGUUUGGGGCCCUGGAUAUAAUGACCAAAACCAAGGGUGCUUUCCAGCUCAUCAGAAAGGAGCUUGUGGCAGAAAGUGAACAGAUAAGCAAGGACAAAAGUCCUGCUGAGGGUGUGUCACCAAGUGACUCCUCUGUGGGCCUGAACAAGGAAGAAGUCUUGAAACUGCUCAGUAUCUUUGAGUCCAGGAUGUCCUUCCUUCUCCUCCAGUCCAUCAAAUUGUUAACUUCAACCAAAAAGAAGAUUGGGGGCAUUAAUGAAGAAGAAGUGGUUCUGAAGACAAACAAGCAGGUUUAUUCCCUGCUCCUGCGGGCGACUGCCAACAAGGGCCUGACCCUGCUGGAACGCACGGAUCUCAUCCUCAAUUUACUGGAGCAGCUGGCUCCCAGUUCUGAGGGCAGCAAUGGGGGAAUCCAGUGACUGCAGCCCUGCAGAGCAGCAGAACCAGUGCCUUGCUGCAUGGGAUCACUGGGCUGUGUUCCCGUGGGAUACCUGUAUUUAUUGUGGUGAUGUUAUCACCGCGUUGUUACAUUGGACACUUUUUAUCCCAACAAAACUUGUUCAGCUCCCCGGCGUUUCUUUGUUCGAAAUGCCCAGUUGGGAGUUGUGGAUGUAAAUGUUAAACUGUUCUUCACCAUGGAGAAAUUAAUGAUUUUUUUUUCUCUUACAGAAAUGGGCUUUGCAGUCAUACCCAUGUUUUGCAUAAAAAUGUAACCUGACAGCGGCUCUGGUUUGGUAUUUAAUGAAAUAUAUUUUGUGAGCAAGGCUGCAUUGGAACAGUUUAACUGCCCUUGUCAGGCCAGGGAAAUUUCUGUGGAAUAUAUGGAUGCACUGCUUUAUUCCAGUGAGGAUCCUGCACGAAAACGUUGUGCCUUUCAAGCUUUGAUGUGACUCUUGCAAAUUUAUGGGCCAUCUCUGGGAGUUUGUUUUGGAAAGUGAAUGGUUUCAGCUGUGUUAGAAUUGAUCAAGAAUAGUAUUAUCUUUUUCAGACUUGAAACUGUGAAUAAAUGAGAGGAUAUUUUUAAAUAAAUAUUUAUUUAUUAAAUAUAAA